GAAGCGUCAAAGGUCCGUCGUUGGAAGACAUAAAGAGGUCGUUGGAAGAACAAGAGGAUCUGAGAGCAAUGGGCCAGAAAAGUACGCGCCAGUCACUUAUAUGCCUCUGCAGCAAGGCCCAGCCUGCAUUUCCUGGAAUGUUUCAAGUAACUCCAUAGAAACAGCGCGCCGGUCCAGGUUCGCGUACUCCAGCCACGCGCAUUGUUUGGAUGUGGCGGGUGCGUUUUGUCCUCGGCUGGAGAACACGUUACAAUUGAUAUAUAGGUUGCGAUCUGGUCCCGGGGGCAGCGGGAAUGCUCGCGAAUGUCAACUGGACCAGUCACAAGUUACCAAAUGAGGACGCGAUGCCCGAAUCAGUGGCGGUGUGUGUGAACGCACUCCGCGUCUGUGUCCUCCCCGUCGUGUAUCUCGAUGAGCGAUGCAAAGCGUGUUUUUGCUCAGUGUGUGCUGUUCCUGGUCCGUGACACGAUCUCUUAAUAUAGCAGCUUUAUGGUGGGAAACACAUACCCGUACAAAGGCACCGAUUGGAAUGCAGACAUGACGCAGGCGGCCUCCCACGGCAUAGACGGAUUCGUGCUCAACGUCGGGAAGGAGGACUGGCAAUUCGACCAGGUCGCGCGCGCAUUUGACGCUGCAGCGGGCCUCACCCAACCCUUUCUGCUGUUUCUGAGCUUUGACAUGAGGUGGGCACCGCUCCCGGAUGCUUUGGACCGCGAUCGACGCGAGUACAGUUCUAUUCCAUCCUCCUCUGCAUCGGAUACAGACCAUCUCUGCCGCUACUUGCGCGCGUUUGGUUCCCACACCGAGAUGUAUCGGCACCGUGGACGUGUUGUCGUCUCGACCUUUGCGGGAGAGAACAGCCAGUUCGGCCAAGUUGGCGGUAUGAACGAAGCGUGGACUUUUGCUCGACAAGAGAUGGAGAACAUCGUCCCAAUCAUAUUUAUCCCCGCCUUCUUUAUUGACCCCGCAAGAUAUCCUGAUCUGCCAGUCAUUGACGGCGCUUUCAAUUGGAAUGGGAGCUGGCCGAAUCAUCUCACACCGGGACAUCCCCGCCAUGAUAUCGAGCACCCUCGCCUCGAUACUGACCUGCAGCACGUCAAGAGCCUCUCAAAGAGGUUGUUCAUGGCAUCCCAUUACGGUCCUGACACGUGGAACAAGAACUGGAUCUACCGAGGGGAUGACUGGCUUUUUGUCCGUCGAUGGGAGGAUCUCGUCUCGCGCCGCGAUGCGAUCGAUAUCAUCCAGAUAAUCUCGUGGAAUGACUACGGAGAAUCGCAUUACAUCUGCCCUACCGUUCGCGGUGCGCAGCCGAAUUCCGAGGCCUGGGUCGACGGGUUCCCGCACGGAGCCUGGCUGCGGCUGAGUGCGUUUUUCAUCCGAGCCUUCAAGGACGGGGUGUAUCCUAGGAUCGAGCGCGACGAGAUUUUUGUUUGGGGACGCCCGCACACGCGAUCGGCUACAGCUCCCGACUCUGUCCCCCGUCCAGAGAAUUGGGAAUUGACGGACGAUGUGUUUUGGGUUCUGAUCCUGUCGUCCGGAGCUGGAACUGUCUGCUUGCGUAGCGGCGAGAAUGCUCCCGCGUUCACCUCCAUUAGCUACGGCAUCAACAAGUUGUCUCAUCCACUUGACGUCGGCGGCAGCAUGCUGGUGACACUGGAGCGCAAAGGACAAAUCGUAGCUCAAUGUGAAGCCAAAGGAUUCUGUUUCACCGAUCGCCCAGCUGUUUACAACUUCAAUGCAUUCACAGCUAUGAGCCAAUGAAUCCACUUCAUCACUAGAGCAACCGUGCUACUAGAUGCCCGUAGAACUCCAAGCAGUCCACUCCAGCAGCAAGCGACGCCUUCAGAGCAUCCCAAGAAUUGAACAGUGUCUGUACACCCACGACAUCGAUGAUCUCGUCCCAAUCAAUAGGUGGCAGCGUGCAGAGACCGUUCUUGAUGUAACAUGGAGCGUGGGUCGAGAACGCUCUAUCUUCCAACGCGCUGCAGUCCGUCGACGAAUUAGCAGAGCCCGUAGCCUCGGGCACCAGCGCCUCUUGCAAGCAAUGCAUCGUGUUGACCAUCCACGUCUGUCCGGCGGGCGUGAAACGUGUAGCCUGGGCUUGGAACUUGGUGCAGAAUUUCUGGCCGUAUCCGAUGGGGUAGCCCUGCGGCCCGCAGUGGUACCGCGUUUCUAGACACUCAGCGUAGAAAGAGCAGUUGUUCAAGGGCGGGGAGGCGCAGUUGAAUGAAGAUGUUGAUGCCACUUGUGCCGCUGUGGACGACAGCGGGUCGGGUUUCACUGGCGAGGGGAGGCCAAUGAAGACGCAGACAAAGGCGAG